ACUGUUCACAGUUUGGUACGACCCAAUUUCCGUUCUCAAGAUGGCAGCUUCAGUAGAAGAUGAAUUUGAAGAUGCACCAGAUGUGGAGCCACUGGAGCCGACAUUAAAAAACAUAAUUGAACAGAAAUCGUUGAAAUGGAUUUUCGUUGGGGGGAAAGGUGGUGUUGGGAAAACGACGUGCAGCUGCAGUUUGGCUGUACAGUUGACAUCGGUGAGAGAGAGUGUGCUCAUCAUUUCCACGGAUCCAGCCCACAACAUCUCUGACGCCUUUGAUCAGAAAUUCUCCAAAGUGCCCACUAAGGUCAAGGGCUAUGACAACCUGUUUGCUAUGGAGAUAGACCCCAGCCUAGGUGUGGCAGAACUGCCUGAUGAGUUCUUUGAAGAGGACAACAUGCUGAGCAUGGGGAAAAAGAUGAUGCAGGAGGCUAUGAGCGCGUUCCCCGGCAUCGAUGAAGCCAUGAGCUACGCUGAGGUCAUGAGGCUGGUAAAAGGAAUGAACUUUUCUGUGGUGGUGUUUGAUACUGCCCCUACUGGCCACACGCUGCGUCUGCUGAAUUUCCCCACGAUCGUGGAGCGAGGGCUCGGCCGUCUGAUGCAGAUCAAGAACCAGAUCAGCCCCUUCAUCUCUCAGAUGUGUAACAUGCUGGGGUUAGGAGACAUGAACGCUGACCAGCUGGCCUCCAAGCUGGAGGAGACUCUGCCGGUCAUUCGCUCGGUCAGCGAGCAGUUCAAGGACCCGGAGCAAACCACCUUCAUCUGCGUGUGCAUUGCCGAGUUCCUGUCUCUGUACGAGACCGAGAGGCUGAUCCAGGAGCUGGCCAAGUGCCACAUCGACACGCACAACAUCAUCGUCAACCAGCUGGUCUUUCCUGAAUCUGACCGGCCCUGCAGGAUGUGCGAGGCCCGGCACAAGAUCCAGUCCAAGUACCUGGACCAGAUGGAGGAUUUGUAUGAGGAUUUCCACAUUGUCAAAUUGCCUCUGUUGCCUCAUGAGGUACGAGGGGCAGAGAAGGUCAACACCUUCUCCAAGCAACUUCUGGAGCCUUACAAGCCCCCCUCCAAGUGACCCUAUCUGCCCCUCCACCCUACCUCAGCCUCCCACCCCCACAGAACAGCUACACCAUCCUCAAACGUCAAAACAGCUCCAAGUUUCGCUCAAGUCAAAAACACUGGAAUUUCACUCAACCACUGGUACUGGGGGGACACUGGCAGUCACAGAAUGUCUACCUGUUUUUGCUCUUGGCCCUUUUAUCCUCAGUCAGUAUUGCAACUGGGAGAAAAAUAUAAAAUUCUCUCUUAGUCUAUUUUUCUUAAGGACUGUGAAUGCCAUCUUCUAAGUUCUGUUCAGUUCUGCUGUCAUUUGUUGAAUUUAUAUUUUUGCUCUUAACUUUUUUUUUUCUUCUUUUUUUUUUCAAUUAUUUGAUGGUAAUAUGCAUCUUGCUUUCAGUACUCCGGCCUAGUGACGUAUUAUUGACAGCAAGUACACAGUAAUGAAAAAUGUAUUGAAUGUCAUUGAGCCUAGGGAGGGAGCUCUGAUUGAUAAUGACAGUGACCGAAAGAGCUGUGAUGGCAGCCAAUGUGAUAUGGUUGAAUUAAGGGGGGAAGAUUCCAGUCUUGUUUUAAAACUAUUCCACUCUGCAGCUCUCUCUCUGACUCAUUUACUAGCCCACACCAGCUAAGGUUUAUAGAAGGCAGGUAUUUGUGUCUUUUCUUGCAAGUACAACUGUUUUUCUCUCUCUCUUUCAAUGCUCCAUUCUCAUUAGUCCUCCUCUGGUAAUUUUUUCCUCUUCAUUUGCCUGCCUAAAUUUUUCUGCAUCCUACCAGCAGUUUUAACACUCAGAUGCACACUGGCACAAGGGAACUUCUUGCUCAGUGGACGCCUGUCAGACUUAAUCAGGGCUCGUUCUGUAUAUUACUGCUUUUCAGUGAAUCAGGGAGAUGACUGCUGUGCCACAAAACUGUCCUCAAACUCUCUAGAGCGUUAUAUGUGGAGAGAGGUCGGCUAGCGCAAAUUAAAUUAUUGCCUUUUCUUUAGCAAUUUAUUGCCUCUUGGUUGUGUUCCUUUUUAUAGAAGCUAAAGUAUGUAUGAAAUAACUUCUAAAAAUAUUAAAACAAAACCCUGAACUUGCAUGUCGCAUGUCGACACGAA